AUGUCUGAAACAAACAACGGUGUUGUGAAUGGUGCUACGGUGAACACGAACACGGUGGAAACAAGGCGAACGAUUUCGCCGUACGACCUCACUGCCGCCGACAAUCCAGGCGCUGUGAUAUCUCAUCCCUUACUCAAGGGAUCGAACUAUGACGAAUGGGCUUGCGGGAUGAAAACAGCUCUCUGUUCUCGUAAGAAGUUUGGAUUCCUCGAUGGAUCCAUUCCUCGACCAGCCGAAGGGUCAACUGACUUGGAGGAUUGGUGGACGAUUCAAGCUUUGCUUGUCUCGUGGAUCAAGAUGACGAUAGACUGUCACUUCGUUCGAACAUCUCCCAUAGAGAUGUGGCCAAAGACUUGUGGGACAACUUGA